AUUUUUAAAAAUGAGAAUUAGUUUGAUUACAGGAGGUGGUUUUCGACCUGGUCAUUGAUUUUCUUCUCUAAACUUGGUGUGCGGCCAAAGGCAGUGAUGGCGGGCCGCAUUCAGCAGGGAGACCUGACCGAGUACAAGAAGAGUCUCAUUAAGCGGGACUUGGAGAUGGGGAUAGUGAUGACCGUGUACAGACAGAGGAUGGAGAGGCUUACUGUGCAGGUCAUCAUGGAGACACGUCAGGUGGCCUGGACGCGCACCGCCAACAAGACAGAAGGAGUGUUGGACCUUUUUGAGAUCCGGGAAGUACGACCAGGAAAAAACUCCAAAGACUUUGAUCGAUUCAAGGACAGCAAGGAUAAAUAUACAGACCCGACCUCAUGCUUUACUAUAUUCUAUGGCUCUCAGUUUGUUCUCAACACUCUCAGUCUGGGGGCUGAUUCAGUGGAGGAUGCAGAGAAAUGGCUGACAGGACUAGAGUUACUCAGACAAGAAACACUGGUCCCCACCGUGACACGAGUCCACAUGAGUCUUUGGCUGAGGAAGCAGAUGUACUCGGUUGAUCAAACAAAGAAAAACAGCAUCACCCUGAAAGAGCUCAAGUCUCUUUUGCCACAGAUGAACUUUAAAGCACCAGGUGGACGUUUUUUGAAGGACAGAAUUGGGACGGUGGGAGCAAAGAAAGAAGUUCUGGAUUUUGAGCAAUUUCACAAAUUCUACAAUCUAUUGAUGUUUGAAAACCAAAAGAUGAUUCUAGACGAGUUUAAAAACGAGUCGUGUGCUUUCAUCAUGGGUAAUGGUGAUCAGCCUAUUCAACUCUGCGAUUUUCAAAGAUUCCUUUUAUUUCAUCAAAGAGAGACUUGGGCCAACAAUCUGAAUCAAGUCCGAGAGCUUAUGACCAUCUUCAUCGAUGACACCAUGAGGAAGACCAACGAUCCAGCCUUUACCGUUGAAGAGUUCCUCAGUUUUCUCUUCUCCAAAGAGAACUCUAUUUGGGAUGAGAAGUUCUCUGAGAUUUGCCCACUGGACCUGAACAAUCCUCUGUCACACUACUGGAUCAACUCUUCUCACAACACAUAUUUGACUGGAGAUCAACUGCGCAGUGAGUCCUCAACAGAAGCUUAUGUGCGCUGCCUGAGGCUGGGUUGCCGCUGUAUUGAGUUGGACUGCUGGAAUGGUCCAGAAGAACCUGUCAUAUACCAUGGACGUACCAUGACCUCCAAGAUAAAGUUUAAGGAUGUGGUGAAGGCCAUCAAUGAUCAUGCUUUUGCAACGUCUGAGUAUCCUGUGGUGCUGUCUAUAGAAGAACACUGUGACGUCAAGCAACAGAAAAUGAUGGCUCAGGUGUUCAAAGAUGUUUUCCAAGACAAGCUCCUGACCGAGCUGCUGGAACCAGAAGCGGAACAACUGCCGUCACCAACCCAACUGAAGGGCAAGAUCAUCAUCAAGCACAAGAAACUGAAUAUUGAUGAGACCUUUAAUAAAAAGGACCUACGGAAAGGAGAUAAGCAGGGAGAGCUCUUCAUCUGGGAUCCAAUCGAUGAGAGAUGGUACAAGCACUACUGCGUGAUCGGGAAUAAGACAUUGUAUUAUGCUGAGGAGAAUGAACUAGAGGAGGAUGUUGGAAAGGGUGGUACAGAGCUUCAUCAGUCAGAGCCCUGGUUUCACGGGCGGAUGUCAGAGGGCAGACAGACAGCCGAGAGACUGCUGCAGGAAUAUUGUGCAGAUUCGGGUGGAGUUGACGGGACAUUUCUGGUGCGGGCGAGUGGCACCUACGUCAAUGAUUGCACCCUCUCAUUCUGGCGCGGUGGACGAGUUCAACAUUGUCGAAUCCGUUCCUGCUUGGAAGGAGGCCACACUGUCUAUUUCCUCACAGACAACCUGCACUUCCCCAGUGUGUACGUGCUUAUCCAGUAUUACAGAGACAACCUUCUCCGCUGUCAGGAUUUUAACCUGCGCCUCACUGAAUUAGUGCCUCAACCAGACCAGCACCUGCAAGAAGGUUGGUUUUACAGUAACUUGAGUCGGGGAGAGGCGGAGGACUAUCUCAUGAGGAUCCCUCGAGAUGGAGCCUUCCUCAUCAGACAGAGAGAAGAUUCAGACUCUUACGCCAUCACCUUCAGAGGUGAAGGGAUUGUGAAGCACUGUCGGAUACACAAAGAGGGAUCUAUGUAUGUGCUGGGCACCUCCAGCGAAUUUGAGAGCCUGCUGGAAUUGGUGGACUAUUUCCGAAAGAAACCACUGUAUCGAAAGAUCAAAUUGCGCUACCCGGUCACACCAGAACUGGUGGAACGCUUCAGUUCGAUAACCAUAUCUGCUUCACUUUAUGAUUCUAAACAGUACGUGGAGGCCAACGAGAUAGAGCCGUCUCUGCCCCAUAGCACGGUGAAGGCCCUCUAUGACUAUAGGGCCAUGCGGUCAGAUGAGCUCACUUUUUAUAAGGGCACUUUGAUCCAUAAUGUGACCAAGGAGGCAAAUGGAUGGUGGAAAGGAGACUAUGGUGGAAAACUGCAGAAAUAUUUCCCUUCAAAUUAUGUAGAAGAAGUUGCCGAUGCAUCUGAGGCCAAUUACCAAGGCGAUGAGGAAAAUCCAUUAGGCAACUUAUGUAAAGGAAUAAUGAACAUCUCGAAGUGUACUGUCGUGCGUUCAGCCAAAUACGGCAGGCCUGUGGUGGUGACGCUGCAGGAUAAGGAGAAUAAAGCGAUGCCGUUUGAUUUGGCCACUGAGACCACCGAGGAGCUGUACGAGUGGUAUCAGGUGGCCUGGGACAUCACACAGAGAGAGGAAAACCGAGAGUUUGAGAAAAAAAAGCAAAAGGAGGUUGAGGAUAGAGAAGAGGUGGCCAGCGAGAUGUCUGAACUGGUCGUUUACUGCCAGCCUCGCAGCAAAGACAAAGACCGCUUUGAAAUAAAUGUGUCCUCAGAUGAUAACGGAUUGAACCCUAUAUGGCUCGGGCCGAACUAUCAGCCUUCGGAGGCAUUUACUUUCAGCGUGUAUGAACCAGACCUCACCUUUCUGCGCUUUGUGGUCUUUGAGGAGGACAUGUUCUCUGAUCCCAACUUCCUGGCCCAGGCUACGUUCCCUGUGAAAGCUGUUCGCUCAGGGUACAGAUCAGUCCCUUUAAAGAAUGGCUUUAGUGAAAACCUGGAGCUGGCAUCUCUACUGGUGUAUGUUGAUAUACAGCAGGUGGAGAAAGCGCAGGAGGAACUUUACUCCUCCUCGAAACAGUUGCAAAAGAAGCAGGCGGAGUUAAGCAACGAGUUCUGUCUCUACAACUCUCACUCCAACCUGCAGCGCAGUGCGACCCCCUGAUUUCAUGUACUCGGAAAAAAAAUCAACAACAGCAAGUUCUACUCGUGAUGAAAACUAGCAAGUCUAGUUCCCUUCCGGUCUGGUUCUAAUGCUCUUAUGGGUCUCUUCCUCUCGGUUCUGCUGCUCUAUUACUACUGGUUCCCUAACAGGCCCCAAAGACAGGAAGUUGCAGCCAUCUCACUUUUGUGGUCACACAGGAACAAAUCGCAAAGAGAGUUUGAGCAAUACUCACGGGUGAAUUCUCUGUGGAAGGUGUAGCUACAGCCCAGAAGUCGUAAAACUCUUUAAAUUGAGGGCAUAAACUGCAUGAAGGUUUUUUUUGUUUGUUUUUUUUUGUAACUGUGAAACUGUUCAUCUGCUGUCUUCAUUUGAUUGUAACAUUUCAUUUGCAGCUGUAUUAAACAUUUCCUUAUUGUCUGAAAAUUUCAAAUAGCAAACAAGACAUGUUGUUUAUUUCUCGUUUUUAAUAUGCAUAGGAAGUUUUAUCAGGUUUGUUUGGAUAUGUAAGCGAUAAUGCACAGUCUGACAGUUAUCAUCUCAAAAUAAAUGACUUGCUUGUUUUAGUUUUUUUGGUAUAAUGGCCAUCUGUUUUGUACAUUAUCUCGACUAUUACACAGCUACUCACCAAAUAAAUAAAUAUGUGGACACGAAA